AUGGACACUCUCGUCUCUAUCGUUCUGCUUGUGUCGUUUGGCGUUGUCUAUGCCCUCGUUCGCCGUAGCAGAAGGACCUCGCUCGCACAUGUCUUAGGCCCCGAGCCAGAGUCGUUCCUAAUGGGAAACCUCGCCCAGCUGCACGGAGGGCAGGCUGGCGAUGCCGAUUUCAGCUGGCAGGCGCGUUUCGGGGGAGUUGCUCGUAUAAAGGCGCCGUUCGGCGAGGAUAUGCUGUGGAUUUCGGACCCAAAGGCACUUCAGUAUAUUUACCAAACCUCAGGCUACAAUUUCCCCAAGCAGCCUGAACGUCGUGCCCUAUCUCGGUUGGUGGGCGAUCAUGGUCUCACAUGGGCUGAAGGAGAGACACACAAGCGCCAACGAAAGGUCAUGCUUCCCGCCUUUGGAACACCCGAGUCCAAGGCUUUGCUUCCAGUAUUUGAACACUACGCCGAGCGGGUCACCCUCAAAUGGAGAGAAAUUUUGGAAGCAUUGCCGGACCGUACUAGUGUCCUAAAUGUCACUCAGUUCAUUGCUCCUGCUACACUGGACGCGAUAGGGGAAGCGGCUUUUGACUAUAAGCUUGGCUGCACAGAAGAUUCAGGCAGCGAGCUUGGACAGGCGUACAAAAACCUCGUCUCGGACAUAUUCGCUUCACCAUCGAAGCCAAAACUUUUCUUCACUAGCGUAGCACAUUAUAUGCCCAUGUGUCUUACCGAGUAUUUGUAUGACAUUCUGCCAGGCAAAAGUUUGGACAAAGCGCGGCAGAACAAGCGUGUGGCGCACAAGGUCGCUAAUGAACUCCUGGAGACAAAGUCUGCGGCGCUUCUGCAGGGCAAAGGCAGUCGUGACAUUAUGAGCAUUUUGGUGAAAGCCAACGCAUCCGAAGAUGAAAAAAGGCAGCUUUCUCAUGCUGAGAUGGUUUCUCAAAUGAGGACGAUCAUGUUGGCAGGCCAGGAAACAACAUCGAACACGCUCUCCUUCGCGCUCUACGAGCUGGCAAAACAGCCCAUGCUUCAAGCACGCCUUCGCGCCGAGAUUCGCAAGAUGGAGCAAGCCAUGCGCGAGCGCGGUGAUGCGCAGAUCACGGUGUCCGACUUGGAGGCGAUGCCCCUCCUGCAGGCGUUCUUGCGCGAGGUGCUGCGCUUCCAUCCCGUCAUUCCGCAUAACUACAGACAGACAGGUCGGGACGAUGUCAUUCCACUCGCAAAGCCGAUCACGACGAGCAAGGGAGAGGUGAUCGAGGAGGUACCGGUUCCCAAAGGGAUGCGUCUGGUUUUAUCCGUUGCCGCAUACAACCGAAACGAGGAUGUCUGGGGUGCAGAUGCGCAUACGUUCAACCCGGAUCGGCACUUCAAUUUCUCGGGAAAGCGUGGACCCAAUGUUGGCGUCUUUGGGAAUGUGCUCACCUUCUCUGGCGGCGUUCGUGCGUGCAUCGGCUGGCGAUUCGCCAUAUACGAAGUACAGGCUUUCAUCGUGGAGCUCGUCUCCAACUUCGAAUUCGCGCUCACGGAGGAAGUGAAGCGGCUCCGGCGCGAGAACGCUGUCGCGAUGGUGCCCACGCUUGAAGGCGAAGCACACAAGGGCGUCCAGUUGCCGUUGAAGGUGUCGCUUGCUUCGCGAGAUUGA